AGUUACUCCCACCAUCUCGAACAAGCCUGAAGGUAAAACCUCAGAUAAAACCCGGCGUGGGGAUGCAAAGCGGCGGUGCCCUACACCAUGUGGCGGAAGACUCUCGUUUGCGCCGGUGGCGCAAUUGCUAGGCAGACGUUGCAGGUCCGGCGCGCGAUGGCAUCCCUACCAUCUUCGUCCACAGCCUCGUACGCGGUGAACAAUAUCAUCCUCCGCUCCCUUAAAGACCAUUACCAAGAAAUUUCCAAAAUGACCCCUCCUCCUAAAAUCAGCCCUCCUUCUCCAUACACAGUUGUAAAGGGAGCACUCGAUAGUGGGGGUCCUGUUCUGAACCGCCACUUCAAGGAUGAGGAGAUCAACAUAUCAGUAAUGAGAUUGGUUGAUCUUGUACCUUCAGAUGACAAUAUCAAUGAAAGCAUUAAUCAGUUAUUUGUUCAUGUCGAUAUUUCAAAGCCAGGCUUGAAAGAUUCACUCCAUUUCCUGUGUGGACUGUAUCCAGAUGCUUUAGGCAUUCAUUCAGUUUCACUAAGGCAAAAGUCAGAGUCAUCAGGGUUUCUUGAGGUUCCAAAGAAGUACACUGGUCCAGUUUUUGAGGAGGUGGAUGAGAAGCUUCGAGAUACCCUCCAUGGUUAUAUAGACGAGCGCGGGAUAAACGAGAGCCUCUUCCCGUUUUUACAGGCUUGGUUGUAUGUGAAAGAUCACAGGGAUCUCAUGCGCUGGUUCAAAACUGUCGGCACUUUUGUUAGCCAGAGUAGUGACAGAGGAACCGUGCAGGCUUAAAAUCGAAUGAACUAUCUUGCCGGCGGAGCUUGGUUAUGUUUCUAGGUACGCAUGAGUUUUGAGACUACAAUUUUAAUCAAAAUUUAGCUGUUCUCUACACUAAUACAUCAUAAAAUUUAUGGUUAACAUAAAAAUUGUGGCAUAUAUAUAGUUUGCACUUUCCAUUCA